GCUGAGAACAUCCGCUGAAAUAGCAGGCUGCGGGAGCGCCUUACGAGGGUGGAAGGAAUAUCGGCCGCGAAGAAAAUGGGAGUGGAAAUCGAGACGAUAACGCCCGGCGACGGGAGGACUUUCCCCAAGAAGGGGCAGACGUGCGUGGUGCAUUAUGUCGGUUCCCUGACAGAUGGACGCAAGUUUGAUUCCUCCCGUGACAGAGACAAGCCCUUCAGGUUCAAGAUUGGCAAGCAGGAGGUGAUCCGAGGUUGGGAGGAGGGUGUUGUGCAGAUGAGCGUUGGCCAGAGGGCCAAGCUGACCUGUUCACCCGACUUUGCCUAUGGCAACAAGGGCCACCCAGGCAUCAUCCCUCCCAACGCCACCCUCAUCUUCGAUGUUGAGCUGCUGAGCUUGGAAUGAAAAAAUAAAUCAAUGCCUGUGGUUUGUUUUAUGUAAACUUCCAACCUGGUCGACCUGGAGACAAGCUCGGCGUGUCUGCACUUGAUUCUAUAAGAGGCUUGAGUCGAUUGUUCCACUACUUUUCUUGUCACUGUUAUUAUUACUGUUAUCCCACUAUGAAGAUUUGUGUUAUUUUGUCUCGGUAACUCAGUUAUUGCCUCCCCCCAUUAUAUUCUUCUUCUUUAGCAACUAUGGGCCACAACCUUACAAACCUCCAUGUUCUUAAUUUUCAAGUUUUUGAAUUGUGCUUUACUUGCUUCUUUUGGUUUUCAUUGUGUGAAGUUGGUUGUGCAUGGUUAUGAUGAGUAAUACAAACUACCGAGGAACUACUAGCGGCAACACUCAUCUCAUAAGAGUCAACAUAGUACUUUUACAGGGCUUGUUAGAGUAAUUAUGAAACGGAGGGAAAAAAAAUGUAAACGAAAAGCACACAUUUGUACCCAACCCCCCGACUCCUGACUAAAAGAAGACGAGUUUAAACGACUUUAUAUUCGACAAGUAGGGCUUUGUGUUUCAUCCAGCGGCGUACUUGUAGUGAAAAGUGAAGCCUUAACGGCGUAACACGGGAACAUUAAGCGCCCCUUUCUAGGUAGUGAUAGUGUUUAUUUACCUUUGGAUUUCAAAAUACAUUUGUUAUGAGCUAGAGAUGAGCAGAAACAGAGAACUAGUCACAAGUGUAGAUAGUUGUGUCCCGUGUGUGUGCCUGAAUAUUCCUACCGGACACGUGACCUACCUGCCCCGUCUGCAUGAUGUAAAGGCCCGGCGGAGCCCGUGGUCUGUACGUGUUGGAAGCUUUGCUUUUGAAUUGCUUUAUGAUUGCCUUUUCUCCAGUCAGCUAUUUAAACCCCAUUUAAAGCCAUACAGCUGCUGUACCGUGCAGAGCAUAGGAACCGCCGUUCACACGCACCAAUUGGAAUUUGUCAUGUUUUUAUUUUUUUGUUUAUUUUUUUAGGAAAAGGGAAAUGCUUGAAAUUGACAAAAGAGGGGUGGAGGGUUCAGUUAAAACGUGACCUCCUCCCGACUGUAUUUUGUCUAAUAACUUGCAAUCAUCUAUUUUUCAGAUGCCAAUUUUCUAUUUCUGAGAACUGACAAAGCUACUGUGUAACCUGUGAUAACUUGUCAUUUCUUUUUUUCUUUCUUUUUAUUUUAUUUUUUUUUGUCAGUGUCAUUGGUAGAAUACCACACUGCCUAAACGAACUCUUGUUGUAGGAAGAACGCCGACACAGUCAGGCAUGUGGUUUUUAUCACACGUGAAUAGUUUUAAAUGGAGUUUAAAUGAAAACCAUGAAUACACUGGCCAGGCCGUCAGAUACCGACCAUAGCUGCUGGUCUUACGUGUUGCCGAAGCAGCAGAUAGUAUGACAGUGGUCCACUUCUGUACUGCCUCGUAAUGUGCUGCGAGUUAGACGUUGUAUGAAGGCUAAACCAAUGAUGACAUAUUUAAAACGUGCCGCUGCAAUAAAGUGCUCUCCACCUGCUUUUGGAAAA